AUGCGGUGUUUGAAAAUAACAUUAAAAACGCACAGUGACACACGCUGGGCAUCUAAAUAUAAUGCAGUUCAUUCGUUGUAUUGUCAAUUUGGCGGUGUGAUAAAAGCUUUACGUGACAUAUCUACCAAUCCAAUUUUUGGCGAUGGGGUUGCUAAUGCAGAAAGUAUAUUGAAACAGUUUGAUUUGGAAUUUGUUUAUUUUUUAGUCAUGUGGGAUAAAAUAUUGAAUCAAAUAUAUCGUGUAAAUAAAUUAUUACAAAGCUCAAAUAUUUCAAUAGAUCAGGCUUCAAAAAUGAUAAAUUGUUUAAAUAUUUCUCUCCAAGAAAUGCGUGAUAGGGGAAAUGAACAAAUUAAAACUGAAACUAUUAGUAUUUGUGAUAAAGUUGGAAUAAAAUCUGAAUUAAAAAUCAAAAGGACAAUAAAAAGGAAAGUUAUGAGUGGAGAAAAUUCAUCGGGUGAAGAUAUUUCUGCAGAUCAAUUUUUAACAUUGGAAUACUACUAA